GGUAACUUUGCCUAUUAACCUGGAACUAGUCAAAGUGUUAAUAAUUAUUUCUAGUUUAAAACCUAUUCAACCUAGAAGUAGAAAGUGUUAAAAAAUAAUAAUAAAAAAAUGACAAUUUUUAAUUGAACUGUGACAGUGUUAAAAUAAAAAAAUGUCAUCAGUGCAUUCGGAUGAUGACCAAGAGGAGAUCAAUGUUGACUCUGACAGUAGACUAUCUGGACAUUAUGAUAGAAGCAUUGGAUCUGAUAGAGAUUCAGAUUGCUUCAACGAGAGGUACAGAGAUUCUCCUAAUGAGCAUAUGACUGAAACCCAGCAGCAUCAACAGAGGGUGAAUUUACCCUUCAGCAUAUCAAGGUUGCUGGGCAAACAUUUCGAGGAUAUAGAAAAACGACGGAAUUCUGGCGAAAGUGACGAUAGGAGUGACCAAGACACUGAAUCGGAAAGUGCGAAGGAUGACGCGAAGGAUUCUAGCUUAUCACUUAACUUUGCCCAUAAUCCGGGACUUUACCCAAACGGUAGUUUACUCCUCCGGCCAGGGUUGAGUUUGGGGGGUGGUUAUUUUCCUGGUAACCCGGGGGUUGUGAGGGUGCCGGCUCAUAGGGCGCUUGGAGCCCUGGGUGCGUGGGGCGUAGCCCUAGAUCCUAUGAGACAGGCGGCUGCCGCAGCAUUCGCUCAUCAGGUUGUGAAGGACAGAUUAAAUGCAUCCUUCCCCAUCACGAGGCGGAUCGGCCACCCCUACCAGAACAGAACGCCUCCAAAGCGCAAAAAACCCAGAACCUCCUUCACCAGGAUGCAGAUAGCUGAGCUGGAGAAGCGGUUCCAUAAACAGAAGUACCUCGCGUCGGCUGAGAGAGCGUCGCUGGCAAAAACGCUCAAAAUGACAGACGCACAAGUCAAGACCUGGUUCCAGAACAGAAGAACGAAAUGGAGAAGACAAACAGCAGAAGAAAGAGAAGCAGAACGCCAAGCAGCCAACCGCUUGAUGUUAUCCCUUCAAGCGGAAGCGCUGAGCAAAGGCUACAUACCAGAACCUCCUCCGGGCGCUGCAUCGCUGUCAGCGCUUCAUUAUCAGAGUCCACCCAACACGCAGGCGCCUCCGUCUAACACCGCGUUAAACGCUUUGCAAAACUUGCAGCCUUGGGCGGGGAGUCAAGGCUCCUUUAUGAAUGCUCCAGGUCAAGCCCCUCCUCCACAUCCACCGCCAGUCGCUUCACCUAUAUGUUGAGAAUUGAGAUUAGUCUAGAAUGUAUCUAAUUAAGAUUUACUUAAGGGCGUCCUUC